GAGAGACGCACAUUCAACGAUGCGAUUAUAUCGCUGUUCAAAUCCCGGCACGGGAAUUUUUUUCUAAUCAAAUACGUUCUUACCUCGAGCUCACGAAUGACUUAUGCACAUACGUACAAGGCUCACUCUACUUUCAGGUACAAACUAAGACCUGAAGUAAAUUUGGAAGCCGUCGCAGAGGCACUACCCGACAAGUGCACCGGCGCUGACUUACUGCAGGUUGUCUCUACUGCACGGUCAGCGGCCGUGAGAGCACUCGUUGCUAAGCUACACAAUGGAACGUUAAAGGAAAGCGAACUGAGUCCCGACUCCAUCGUUAUAGGGGUAAGUGAACUAUGGGAGGGCGUUGUAUCAUUCCGGCCCUCGGUCACAGACGAUGAACUGUCGCAUUACGAAGCGAUGGAGUCACAAAUGUAAAAUAAACAGUUUUCUAGUCUACUGGUCUUGUUAUUAAUAUAUGUAUUUUGUUUUA